AUUUCUUCCUCUAUAUCCUCUCCCACUCCAAUUAGCCUCCUGUGUCUUCUUCCCCCCAAAACCCUAACCUUAACCCUAACCCUAAUUUGCAGAAAACUCAACUCAACACAGCCAUGUCUGACCUCGAGAUAACUCGUUCCGAGAAGAAGAAAAAGAAGAGCAAAUCCAAAUCCGAUUCGGGUCCGGACCCAAACGCCCAAACCGACACCGAUUACCUUAUCAAACCCCAAAGCUUCACUCCCUCCAUCGACACCUCUCAAUGGCCGAUCCUCCUCAAGAACUACGACCGCCUCAAUGUACGAACCGGACACUACACUCCUCUUCCCUCUGGUUUCUCCCCCCUCAAACGCCCUCUCGCAGAGUAUAUCAGGUACGGUGUUCUCAAUCUCGACAAACCCGCCAACCCCUCUUCUCACGAGGUCGUGGCUUGGAUCAAACGGAUCAUCCGGGUCGAGAAAACGGGCCACAGCGGUACCCUCGACCCGAAAGUCACCGGAAACCUCAUCGUUUGUAUUGAUCGGGCUACCCGGCUCGUGAAGUCCCAGCAAGGGGCUGGGAAGGAGUAUGUGUGUAUUGCCCGGCUCCAUUCGGGUGUGCCCGAUGUUGCCAAGGUGGGUCGGGCUUUGGAAACCCUAACUGGUGCAGUUUUUCAGCGCCCUCCGCUGAUUUCGGCGGUGAAAAGGCAGCUUAGGAUUAGGACAAUCUAUGAAUGUAAGCUAUUAGAGUAUGAUCCAGAUCGCCAUUUGGUUGUGUUUUGGAUUUCUUGUGAGGCGGGUACGUAUGUGAGGACAAUGUGUGUUCAUUUGGGUCUGAUUUUGGGUGUUGGAGCUCAUAUGCAAGAGCUUCGAAGAGUGCGAUCGGGGAUUAUGGGUGAGAAUGAUAAUAUGGUGACGAUGCAUGAUGUCAUGGAUGCGCAAUGGAUAUACGAUAAUUAUAGAGAUGAGAGUUAUUUGAGGAGAGUGAUUAUGCCAUUGGAGGUUUUGUUGACUAGUUAUAAGAGAUUGGUUGUGAAGGAUUCGGCGGUGAAUGCGAUUUGUUAUGGUGCUAAGUUCAUGAUUCCCGGGUUAUUGAGGUUUGAGAAUGAUAUUGAGGUCGGGGAAGAGGUGGUUUUGAUGACUACUAAGGGAGAGGCGAUUGCGUUGGGGAUUGCAGAGAUGACUACGGCUGUUAUGGCUACUUGUGAUCAUGGGGUUGUGGCGAAGAUUAAGAGGGUAGUGAUGGAUAGAGAUAUGUAUCCAAGGAAAUGGGGGUUGGGUCCAAGGGCUUCUAUGAAGAAGAAGCUGAUUACGGAGGGAAAGUUGGAUAAGCGUGGUAAACCAAAUGAGAACACCCCAUCUGAGUGGAUGAGGAAUGUGGUUCUUCCCUCAGGAGGUGAUUCUAUGGUUGCGGGUCUUGCUGCUGCAACUGAACCAGCAAAUACAGAGGCAGCGGAGGGAGAGAAGAAAAAGAAGAAAAAGCAUAAGGAUGGGGAAAAUGGCAAAGAGGGUCGUAAGCGUAAAUUGGAGGCGAUUGAUGGGAGCCCUGUGCCAGAUGUUGCUAAGAAAGUAAAGAUUGAUGAAACUGUAGUAGUGGGGGCUGAAACAGAGGAGUUAGAGGUGGAAGUUGAAAAGAAAGAGAAGAAAAAGAAAAAGAAAAAAGAAGGGGGUGGUGAGGAUGUGACUUCUGAUUUGGAGAAAUCUGAGAAGAAAAAGAAGAAGAGCAAAGACGCACAGAAUGGAAGUGCCUCUGUAUUGCCUACGGGUACUGGUGGGAGUGAUGACGAGGCAAACAAAACCGGGAAGAAGAAGAAGAAAAAGAAGAGUAAAGAUGCCGAACAGGAGUAGAUCGAUGAAUUGCAGCUUUGAAUGUGGAAAUACUCAUUUAUGUAUGAGGAAAAGUUUGGUAAAUGCAGUUAUGUAUGAGGAAAGUUUGGUUAUAUCACCUGACGGCAAUUGGGAAGAGGAAGAGUUGAGGGGGGAAGCAACAUAUGUGGAAAAAUACAUUUCAGGCUCAGCUCCUACAUGGAAACGGGCCAAAGAUGAUUCCUCGGAAUACUUUAUAGCUUUAAGAAGAAUAUGAAGAGUAUGGCUUAGAUUUGGAAUAGACGGUAGAUAACUCUUUUAACUUAAUUUCAUUUAGAUGAAUCCAGACAGCUAAAGUGAUUGAUUUCUUGAAAUGAAAUGUUAUGCUUAUUUUGUGGUUAAUGACUUUGAGUACCUCAAAGGUAUGUGAGGCUUGCUUGAAGAGAUUGGGUUUUGCUUGAAGAAAUCUUUUGGGUGAUCAUAUUGUUGAUUUUAA